AUGCGUUAUCUGCCCCUGAAACCUAGGUUGCAACGAUUGUAUAUGUCGAUGCAUACUAUCACAGACAUGAGAUGGCGUAAGGAAAAACGGGUAGACAAUGAUGUGAUGCGACAUCCUGCAGAUGGGGAGGCAUGGAAAGAGUUCGAUCGAACGUUCCCCGAGUUUGCUGCUGAUCCACGAAAUGUUAGAUUAGGACUUGCCACUGACGGAUUCAAUCCGUAUGGGGUUCCAAACCAACACCACAGCACUUGGCCGAUUUUCAUAUUCCCAUAUAAUUUGCCGCCUUGGAAAUGCAUGAAAAAAGAAUACAUGAUGAUGACUGUUUUGAUAACUGAGGAUCCUGGCAGGUCAAUCGAUGUUUACUUAAGGCCACUGGUUGAUGAGCUGAAGGAUUUGUGGACAAACGAUGUCCGCAUGUAUGAUAAAUCAACUGGGAAGAUGUUCACUUUGCGGGCAGCAGUUAUGUGGACUGUGAAUGAUUUCCCAGCAUCUGCAAUGGUUUCUGGGUGGAGCACAAUGGCAUGUCCUGUAUGCAAAGGAAGAUGUAACUUCUGGUUUGUACACUGGAAAAAGCGUCGCCUCAGACAUAGAGAAUGGUCCGGUGAUGAGAUAUUGGAACAGCUUAACCGUUUGGAUUUUACUCCGUUCGGGAAAACAGUUAGUCGGAUCAGACCUUCUACACAUAUGAACUGGACGCACAAGCCUAUGUUUUUUGAGCUCCCAUAUUGGUCGAAACUCAAAUUGAGGCACAAUCUAGAUGUGAUGCAUGUUGAGAAAAAUGUAUUCGACACAUUGGUGGGCACGAUUCUAGAUAUCGAGGACAAGACAAAGGAUACGAUCAAAGCUUGUCUUGAUUUAGAAAGAAUGGGCAUACGAAGGGGUUUAUGGAUGAAUAAGGACAGUGAUAAAGCUAGAAGAGAUCUUGAAUUCUUUUCUAUGAAACCGAAUGACAAUAAAGAGUUUCUAAAGUUUGUAUCGUCUGUAAAGUUUCCCGAUGGGUAUGCUUCUAAUAUCGCACGUUGCGUGAAUGUUGACGGGGGUAAAUUUACUAGACUGAAGAGCCAUGACUGGCAUGUGUUUAUGCAACGCCUACUUCCUGUGGGUAUUUGA